ACCCAACUCCGCUGUUUUUUUCCCCAGGAAUGACCUGGCUGAGGAGCGCGGCCGAGCGCGGCUCCAUCGGUGCCUCAGGACACGCUCGGCUCUGACCUCGGAGCCCCCCGCGGUUAUGAACCCCAAUUUCGGGGGGACCCCAGGCAGGGGCUGACCCUUCCCGGGGCUCGCAUGGAGCAUCCCCCGCCCCGRGCGCCGUCCCCACGCCGCUGUCCGUCCGCGGCCGGCUCCGGCCGCUCGCAGUGACCGCUGCCGUGGCCAAAAUGCGGGGCCUCCAGCCCAGCUGCCUGCUGCUGUGCGCGGUGGCCGCCAGCGCCGUGCCCACCGUGCCCUGGAGGGUGGCGUGUCCCCCGCGCUGCGUCUGCCAGAUCCGCCCGUGGUACACGCCCCGCUCCGCUUACCGGGAAGCGGCCACGGUGGAUUGCAACGAUCUGUUCAUCACCGCGGUGCCGCGGGAGCUGCCCGAGGGCACGCAGACGCUGCUGCUGCAGAGCAACAACAUCGCGCGGCUGCAGCGGGGCGAGCUGGGCUACCUGCGCAACCUGUCGGAGCUGGACCUGUCGCAGAACAGCUUCUCCAGAGCGAGGGAUUUCGGGCUCGGGGCCAUGCCGCAGCUGCUCAGCCUGCACUUGGAGGAGAACCAGCUGGCCGAGCUGCCCGACGGCAGCUUCCCGGGGCUGGGCAACCUGCAGGAGCUCUACCUGAACCACAACCGSCUGCGCAGCAUCGCCCCCCGCGCCUUCGCCGGCCUGGGCAACCUCCUGCGGCUGCACCUCAACUCCAACCUGCUGCGGGCGCUGGACAGCCGCUGGUUCCUGACGCUGCCCAGCCUGGAGAUCCUCAUGCUGGGCGGCAACAGGGUGGACGCCAUCCCGGAUAUGAAUUUCCGGCCGCUGGGCAACCUGCGGAGCCUGGUGCUGGCCGGGAUGCACCUGCGGGAGAUCGCGGACGCGGCGCUGGAGGGGCUGCGCAGCCUGGAGAGCCUCUCGUUCUACGACAACGAGCUGGCGGCCGUGCCCCGCCGGGCCCUGCAGAGGGUGCCCGGCCUCAAAUUCCUGGACCUGAACAAGAACCCGCUGCAGAGGGUGCGGCAGAGCGAUUUCGCCGACAUGCUGCACCUCAAGGAGCUGGGCCUCAACAACAUGGACGAGCUGGUGUCCAUCGACCGCUUGGCCCUCAGCAACCUGCCCGAGCUGACCAAGCUGGACGUCACCAACAACCCCAAGCUGUCCUUCAUCCACCCGGAGGCUUUCCGGCAGCUGCCGCGCCUGGAGACGCUGAUGCUCAACAACAACGCCCUGAGUGCCUUGCACCGGCGCACGGUGGAGUCGCUGCCGGGGCUGCGGGAGAUCGGCAUCCACGGUAACCCGCUGCGCUGCGACUGCGUGAUCCGCUGGCUGGGCGGGGGCCGCGGCCGCUCCGUGCGCUUCAUCGAGCCGCAAUCCACGCUGUGCGCCGAACCGCCCGAGCUGCAGCGCCGCCGAGUCCGCGAUGUGCCGUUCGGCGACAUGACGGAGCAGUGCCUGCCGCUCAUCUCCGCCCGCAGCUUCCCGCGCCUCCUGGACGCCGAGCCGGGCGCCAGCGUUGCGCUGCACUGCCGGGCGCUGGCCGAGCCCGAGCCGGACAUUUACUGGGUGACGCCGGCCGGGGAGAAGCUGCUGCCCGGCGGGGGUGACGAGCGGUUCAGGGUGCACCCCGAAGGGACGCUGGAGAUCCGCGGAGUCGCCGCGCACGAAGCCGGGCUCUACACGUGCGUGGCUCACAACCUGCUGGGCGCCGACACCCGCAGCGUCCGUCUGUUGGUCAACCGCUCCUUCCCGCUGGGUCCGGAGCGCCUGCAGCUCCUGCUGCUCGAUGUCCAGCCCCACCACGUGCUGCUGACCUGGCGGCCGCGCCUCAACGCCCUCUCCUCCAACCUCACGUGGAGCGUCUCGGAGCCGGGAACAGCGGCGAGCUCAGCGCGGAUCCCGGCGGGAACGCACAGCUUCAACAUCACCCGGCUGAGCGCCGGCACCGAGUACCGGGCGUGCCUGACGGUGCUUUUGGUAGCCCCGCCGGCCAGGGUGGCUUGUGUCACCGCCAGGACUAAAGAAGCCGCGCCGGGGUGGCCGCGGGGACAGGGGACAGCGGUGGUGGCGGUGGCGCUGCUGCUGCUGGCGCUGCUCGGUACCGCCGGGAUCGCGGCGCGCAUCGGGGCCGAGCGGGAGCCGCYGCCCGGGGCUGUGCGGGUCGUUUACCCGGGCCACAAAACCCCGCUAGCCCCAAAAAAAUCCUGA